UAAUUGCUUUUGGAAACGUUGCGUUUACAUUUCAGGCAAAUCUAAAAUGUUUUUUUUCCAAAAGUCAAAUAAACCAACUUGUGUUUUUCGGUAUCCAGGAGACAAAAACAAAGGAUAUGACUUUUGUUAUUCCGCUGGUACAUUGGGGGAAAUGUGAUAUUGCAUUUCUACAAAGGAAAAUAUCUACGUCUUUGACUGAAUUGGGUUAUUUGAAAUGAAAUCCAAUGCGAGCUUGGGUUUAGGCCGACGUCGCCUUGCGUUAUAUACAGGUUGUUGGAUAUACACCAGUAUUGUCAUUUACACCCGUGUCAGUGUCAGUAGUGGAGGAUAGCAGCCGGUGCUGAAACUGUACACGACCCAAGACGUCAGCAGCUGAGCUCCGGACAUUGUAUUCGGACAACUAAUUGUCUCAAGUAGACUAUACUUCUGCGGCUUCAACAACUGACUGCACUGAACGUUGUUUCCUGAAUAUCUAUGGAUUACAACAUUCGAAUACACCUCGUAUCAAAGCUUGUACGUCUUCGGAUACUAAAAAUUAGUGCAGAAUAGUCAUUUGUUUCUCUGAACACGUCGUGUGAAUGCCCUAAAUGCCUAGAAUUGAGAAAACACAUAAAACUUCCAAUGUGAUGAAUCUGCACAAGGGGAAAAUUACCAGACUAAGAUGGGUAAUAAGCAAACGAUAUUUACUGAUGAACAGCUAGACGCUUACCAGGACUGUACCUUCUUCACACGGAAAGAGAUCCUUCGUUUACAUGGGCGCUAUCAUGAGCUGGCCCCACAUCUGGUACCAAUGGACUACACCAACGAACCAGAUGUCACUGUACCCUUGGCUUUGAUCGUCAGUAUGCCGGAGUUAAAUGAGAACCCAUUCAAGAACAGGAUUGUGGAGUCAUUCUCUGAGGAUGGAGCUGGGAACUUAAGCUUCAAUGACUUCGUGGACAUGUUUUCUGUCCUCAGUGAGAUGGCUCCCAGAGAACUCAAGGCCAUAUAUGCCUUCAAAAUAUAUGAUUUCAAUGUGGAUAACUUCCUAUGUAAGGAGGACCUGGAGAAGACGUUGAACAAGCUGACGAGGGAGGAACUAAGCCCUGAAGAGGUCACUCUGGUCUGUGAGAAGGCCAUUGAGGAGGCUGACCUGGAUGGAGAUAACAAACUGUCCUUUGCUGACUUUGAAAACAUGAUCACCAGAGCUCCUGACUUUUUAAGUACCUUCCACAUUCGGAUCUGAAAGGGCUGCAAAGAACAUUCCAGAAUUUGGUGUCACAGCAGAGCUACUGACCUGACACCACCAUUACAUACCCUGACCACAUCCUUACCACACCCUGACAGUACUGACUAAAGCUUUACCACAUCCUGACCCUACCUCGAAAAUACUGACCACAGUCUGACCACAUCUUUUCCCCAUCUCGGUUUUGGUCCAUUACCCUGACUUUUCAUCUUCUGUUCUGGUUUUGGUCCAUUACCCUGACUUUUCACCUUCUGUUCUGUUUUUUCCACUGUUGGUUUUAAACAGUUUUGUGUGUUUUGUUUUCUGUCAAGUUAAAUCUUUGUAGAAUUGUUACUCCAACCAGUGAGGGGACAAAGAUUAGUUUUUUCCUAAUGUUUUCCAAAGUGAAAGAGAAACAGAAUAUUUGGGAGUAAUAGCAGAUCCAACACUAUCAAACCCUUCCCCUGGCCUGGAUCCACAAUGGAACCCUCCAGAAACCUUAGAGAGAAGCAACACAAUGAGGAAUUGACAGAAAGACGCACAGACAGAGUGAAAGACAGACUGGCAUGCAGAAAGACAUAGAAUGACAUACAGGAAACAUCGAAACAGACAGACAGAGAGAGAGAGACAUGCAGGCAGACAGUUUUAUACCAGCUAUGCAGUAUUUCCUAUAUGUAAGAACUGUAUUACUGUAUUUCUGUUUUAUUGUACUGCUUUCCUUCAACUACUGAGGUCACUUCUAAGCUGUUUCCCAAAUGAUUCCUUAUACCAUAGAUGUUACACUGCUUCUGACUUCUAAUUGAUUAAUUGCCUUGGUGAUUUUUAUGUCCUGUUAUCGCAAUAGGAGGUGGAGCAUGAAGACAAUCAUACUGUAGCUCAGAGUUUUCCAGCUGAAGGGCUCCUUUCAUCUCUACUGCCUCUGUGUCUUUCUAACGAAACCAUCCUCAUCUUUAUACAGUCUUAGUCUGAUGAAUACAAAGUUUCCUAUAUUUAAAUAUUCAACAUGUUAACAACUGUCUCUUCAAUCUUUGUUUAGUAUUUAAUGUACAUUCUGGGAAUUUGACUUGACUUUGAAUAAACACAU